AUGCACUCACGGCGGCAGGCGCGCCGCCUGUCGGCCCUGCGCCACCUGCCCUCCCUGGAGGCCCUUGCCUGCGACGCGCCCCUGGGGCCCGCCGCGCUGCGCGCGCUGCGGGCCGCGGCCGGCGCGCGGCUGGGGGCGCUGCGGCUGGGCGCGGCGCCGCGGCAGCACUGGCAGGGCGGGUGCCUGGACGAGCUGGCGGCGAUGCGGCGGCUCACGGCGCUGACGGUGGCCUGCAUCGCGGGGCGCAGCCUCACGCACGCGGCGCCGCUGGCGGCGCUCUCCGGCCUGCGGCGGCUGCAGCUCCCGCUGGUGUCGCGGCUGCCUUGGUUGGUGAACCUCGGACUGCACGACACCGCGCUGGCGGCCGAGGACCUGCUCGCCCUCGCGCGCUGCCCGGCGCUGGAGUCGCUGUCGGUCGACGCGAUCCAGCUGGCCCCCGCCGGCCGCCAGGCGCCGCGACCGCUGCAGCGCCUGGCGCGGCUGCGCUGCAACGCGCCGGCCCUGGGGGCGGCGCGGCUGGACGAGCUGUUCCCGGCGCUCGUCAGCUUUGGGCCGUUUAAGGACACUUUGGGGCCAGGGGGCUACGGCGUGAGUGCGUCGCUCGCCACCAUCAUCGGCGCCCGCCGCCUGCGCAGCCUCACCCUGAUGAUGGGGGCCCUGCGAGCGCCCAGCUCGGGUGUCGCCGCCGCCGCCGCCCCCGCUGCCGCUGACGUGGCGGCUGCGCUCGCGCAGCUGCCGUGCCUGUCAGACGUGUCGUUGGUCGGCCUGGCAGGCGGGCUCGACGCCCGCGACCCCGCCGCCAGCGCGGCGCUCGUUUUGGAGCUUUCGCGGCGGCUGGCGGGCGGCCUCGAACGGGUGGCGCUGGAGGAGUGGGGCGAGGGGGAGCUGGCCGCGUUUGGGCGGCUGCUGCCGUGCGUGCGCGAGGCGGCGCCAGACCUGCUGGUGACGGUGCGGUCGCAAUGGGCAGGCUGA